AUGAAUAAUUCAACUCCUUCCGUCAAUAGUCUUUUAUCAAAUUUAAAAUCAACAGUUGAAUUAUUAAUUCAAUUUCGAGGUGAUUCACUGACAACAAAAUAUGGUGCAAUCGAAAGACUUCGACUGGCUAUUCUGGCUAUUUUAACACAUUGUCUCAAACAAAAUACCCAAGAUGUCUAUGAACAAUUAUGGCAAUUAAUUGUUCGUUUAAAUGCGAAUUCUCAGCGAUAUAUUCAUUUGCUACAAGAUAUAUACUAUAAAGAAAAUAUUCGAUUAUCUGUCGAACAAUGGAUUGAUCAAUCAGUUAUAAGUCAAUGUUUAUCUUCACAAUUAUCCUGUGCUGAACAUGAUAAUGAUUUACUUGAACAAUAUUAUUAUCCUCAUGCUCUUAUGCGAAUUCCAUCAUUUUAUCAUGCAUUUCUUAUUUGUGUACGAACUGUUGAAUAUAGUGAUCCAUCAUUACUUAUUGAAAUUGAUCCUAAACUGUCAAUUGUGGGACUUUACUCAACAACAUCAACAAAUGAUGUUAUAAAUCAUUCUAACAUAUUAUCAUCAUCAUCAUCACCAAUCGUAGUCACAAAUAAAAAAUCAAAUGCUGAUAUUCCACAAAAAUUUGAUUCUCUUAUACAACAACGUAUACUUCAUCGUCGUAUACAUAGUGAUCCAAUAUUUUCAAUUCCAAAAUAUUCAAUUAAUUCAAAUCAUUCACGUGUUGCAUCACCAUCACCAACAUCAAUAUGUGAUGAAAGUCAACUUAAACGACAAACUAAUAUUCCAAGUAUAUCCUAUUUUCAAUCAGAUGAAUAUGGUUCAUAUGGUUCGAGUUAUGAUUCUCGUGUGGAUAUAUUUGAUCAAAAUAAACCAACGAAAUUAACGUUAGGACAAUCAACUAAUUUCGAACACAAUAAUAAUAAUAAUAAUAAUGAUAAUCGUCAAUCAAUGUCAAGUGAAAUAACAUUAAUUGAUGAACAAAAUAAUAAUUUAUAUAAAAAUCGUUUAUCAACACUUAUCAAUAAUGAUGAAACAAUACUUUCAAUGAAUUCAACAUCACCAAUGGAUCAAAGUAUUACAAUAUCAACAAAUGAUUAUCCAAUACGAACUGCACGUCUUCCACAUUCAUCAUUAUUUUGGCCCCGAAAAGGUCAAACAUUAGAUAAUUAUAUACGUGAAUGUGAUUUAAAAACUCGAACGGAUGUUGAAAAAGAAAAUGCUCAUUUUUAUUUCAGUGAAGCGAUUAUAUCAGCUAUUGAACAAAUAAAAUUUACACAACAAUGUAAUAAAUAUUUUGGUCAAUCAUGGUCAUCAUCAGUGGCUAAUAUGUUCUCACCAUGUGAAACAACACAUACAUCAUCAUCAAAUAGUAGUUCAUCACCACCGACACAACAAUAUAUACCUUGUAAUUCAAAACUAUUAUUAAAUAAUGGAACAAAAAGUUUAAAUAGAGAAAUAUCACUAUCUGAUCAACAUGAUGAAACAACAGAAUCAAUUGCAGAUUCAUCUGAACCACCGAAUAAUUUUGAUUGGUCGACCCGUAGUUCAGUAUUAAGUUUCAAUGCACAAGAAUCAUCAGCUGAAGCAAUAGCAUUAGCAUUAAUGGAAACAUGGAAAAAUUUUAAAGUUCCAACAGCACCUGAACUCUUUUGGAUGAUUCCACAUGAUGAAGAUUUACCACAAGAGUUAUUACCUCUUCCAGAUGGAAUUUCAAUUGAUCCUAGUGAAGAUUAUCUUUCGAACGAAGAUGGUCAAAGGAUUCUAUGCCGUGGUAAUAGUCAAUGGGCACCACCUCGUGAACAAUUAGUUUUUCAUAUUCAUCAAUCUCCAAAUCGUGAUUCUCAAUUAAAAAAACAAGGCUAUCUGUGUGCUGGUUGUGGACGUCAUGUUGAAAAAGGUUUUGCACAUCGUUAUAGAUAUUGUGAAUAUACAGGAAAAUAUUUUUGUCGUAGUUGUCAUUCUGAUAAAAAAUCAUUUUUACCAUCAUAUAUAAUAACAAAAUGGGAUUUUUCAAGCAAACAUAGUGUAUCAAAUUUUGCAUUUGAUUAUUUAAAUCGUAUAUAUAGUGAUCCAACAUUUAAUUUAAAUGAUUUAAAUUCAAAAUUAUAUGAAAAAAAUAAACAAUUAAGAUUAAUUGAUGAAUUACGUUGGUCACUUUUUUAUCUUCGUCAUUAUAUUUUAACAUGUCGUUUUGCUGAAGAAAAAAAUUAUCAACAAAUAUUACAAAAAUUACCAUCAUAUAUCUAUACAGAUCCAUAUAUGUAUUCAAUACAAGAUUUAUUUAAAACAAAAUCAGGUGAUUUAAUAAAGGUGCUUGAACCAAUUGUAAUUAAUCUACGUGAACAUGUAUUAAAUUGUCCAUUAUGUUAUGCUAAAGGAUUUAUAUGUGAAAUAUGUAUGAAUGAAAAAGAUAUUAUUUUUCCGUUUGAUUUAGAUAUAACAAGUGUUUGUCCAGGUUAA